AUGCAACAGGGUGCGCCCUAUGCGCAACAAGCACCUUAUCAAGGUGGUGAUCAAAACCAAUACUACAAUCAACAACAACAGCCAGGAGGUGCACCACAACAAGGUUAUUAUCAAGGAGGAGAUGAUAAGAUGGCUUUAAAGCCGGAUAAUUAUCAAGGUCAAAGAUUUGAACCUAGUAAACCAAAAUUUAACGAUAUACCUUUUGCAAUUCUGUUCAUUUGUGUUUUUGGCGGUUUUGUGGCCGUAAGUGUGAUUUCAAUUUAUGGUUUCUCAAAUUCAAGUUCAAAUUCCGUUUCAACCGCAGGCGGAAUAAGUAAAACACUUAACGGUCAAACUGCCGUCAUUUUGAUGUUCAGUAGCGCUUUGGCUUUGGUCCUCAGCGUUUUAUACAUCUUCCUCGUUCGUACAUUCCCAAAAAUUAUCUUGGAAGCAACUUUGGCACUUUCGGUUUUGACAACGAUUGCUUAUUGUGUUUACCUUUGGGUAAAAGGUCAAACUGCCGGUGCUAUCAUCAUGACAAUCUUUGCUGUGAUUGGUAUUUUGGCUUAUUGGUUCAUGAGAAAGCGUAUCCCAUUGGCAAAGAUUAUCUUGAUUAGCGUCAUUCGUGCUGCUGAUCAUUACAAAUCUACUUAUGUUAUGGCACUCUCUUUCCUUGUCGUUCAAACCGCAUUUUCCGUUUGGGCAACUUGGACUUUGGUUGCUGUUUAUCAACGUUUCAGUCCUGAUGGAAGCGCAGCAGGAAGUGGAGCAAGUUCAGGCGCUGUUACCGGAUUGGUUGUUUUGGUUGUAUUUGCUUAUUAUUGGACAAGUGAAGUGAUCAAAGCUGUUGCUUAUACUUCAGUUGCAGGAAUCUUUGGUGUUUGGUACUAUAAUCAAGGACCUGAUCCACGUCAUGUUGCAUUGAGCAGUUUACGUAGAUGUUUGACCUAUUCGUUCGGCUCUCUCUGCUUUGGAUCGCUUAUUUUGGCCAUCUUGGAUAUCAUUCGUGCGAUCGUCUAUCAAGUACAACAACAAGAAGCGAGUCAAGGCGAUAUGGUGGGCUUCGCAUUGUCUUGUGUUGCGGGCUGUAUUAUCGGAUGUAUUGAUUGGUUGAUCACCUUCUUCAACAGAUUAGCCUACACCAAUAUUGCACUGUAUGGUAACAGUUUCAUCACAGCAAGCAAAGAAACAUGGCAAUUGGUGAAGCAGAAAGGUAUCGAUGCAUUGAUCAAUGACAGUUUGAUCAACAAUGUCUGGGUCUUUGGAUCAUAUGCGAUCGGAUUGGGAUGCGGUAUCUUUGCGUAUGCCUACCUCUCAAUCAGCAACCCUCAAUACGUUCAAAAUGAUUCAAGUUAUUUCUCAGUGAUUAUCUUCUUCGCUAUUGGUUUAGGCUUGAACAUUGCUCUAUCGUUAGGAUCAGGAUCGAUCGGAACAGGAUGUACUACAAUGUUUGUUUGUCUUGCAGAAGAUCCAGCCGUGAUUGCACAAAAGGAUCCUGAACUUUUCGAAGCCUUACGUCAAGCAUAUCCUCAGGUCAUUCAUCCGAUUGAUCAUUAA